CCGUAUCCUCACUAUUCUGAUGUUUGUUUAAAACGGUAACUUUAGCUCGGCAUAGUUCUGCAUGACUACGGAGUUUCCCUUCUCCCGUUUACAAAGGAGCGGGUGGGAGCGCGAGCGAUGAUGCAAUCACGGGCAACACUUGAGCUCGCGCUCAUAUGAGAGAAAGAAAAUUUGCCACAUAUGCACAUUGACAUGGCAGCCCGGUCGGAUUACAACAACAUAAUGCUAACGGAUGAGCACAAGCGGUUGACCCAACUUUCAGGUGUUGCAGCAUUUUGCUGAAAUAAUAGUUUUUGCGCAAAGCAUCUGUUCAGGCACACGGCUGCAUUUUGUGGCAUUCAGCUUCACACAAUACCAGCUAACACCAACUCCAGCUCUGCGAAGCCCGACAACAUAGGUCGGAGAGGGUGAGAGAAAGACAGCGGAAGUGGAUCCAAAUGAACAAGCAGUUGCAACACAAGAUAUCCAACACAGAUCAGAACGGUGUCAGUGUUAUACAGAGUCAGCCUCAUAAUAGUGCAUUAAACCCCGCAGGAGCUGCAGGACUACAGCAGGUUCCUCAAUUAGUUCCAGUGAGUCCCGGAGGUGGGGGUAAGGCCACACCACCCAGCAAGAUGAAGAAGGCUAUUAUGGAUAAAGACAGCGACGAGUACCGCCAACGGAGAGAACGCAACAACCUGGCCGUAAAGAAGAGCCGCAUGCGCAGCAAGCAGAAGGCGCAGGACACCCAGCAGCGCGUCAAUGAGCUGAAGGAGGAGAAUGAGAGACUUGAGGCCAAAAUCAAAUUGCUUAGCAAAGAACUGAGUGUGCUCAAAGACCUGUUUCUAGAGCAUGCCCACAACCUCGCAGACAACGUGCAGCCCCCUGCUUCUGGAGGAGGCCCUGGAGACCUCUGCAACAACAACAACAACAGCAGUAACGGCAGCCAGUGAGGGCCUGAUGUUAGUUUGCAGUAUGCUAUGCUGUGGGCUGUGUGGAGGCUCUCUAGGCAAAUCAUUUUACUUAAAGGGUUAGUUCACCCAAAAAUGAAAAUUCUGUCAUUAAUUACUCACCCUCAUGUCGUUCCAAACUCAUAAGACUUUCGUUCAUCUUUGAAACACAAAUGAAAAUCUUUUUGAUGAAAUAUGAGAGAUUUCGGUCCCUCCUUUGACAGCUACGCAACUGACACUUUGAUGCUUCAAAACGUUCAUAAAGAGAUCGUAAAAAACGAAUCCAUAUGAAUUGAGCAGUUUAGUCCAAAUUUUCUGAAGAGACACACUUUAUAUGCUUUAUUUAUAUGCUUUUAUUUAUUGCUUUAUAUGAGAAACAGAUUUAAUUUAGGCUUUUAUUCACAUAUGAACAUUGAUCAACAGAACCUGCUUGACGUGCGAGAACAAACCUCUUACGGAAGCUCAAACGUGCUGAAUAACCCACAAGAAUGAACCUCUCAAUUCUGGAUUAGUUUUAUGAUCUCUUUAUGAACUUUUUGAAGCGUCAAAGUGGUAGUUGCGUAGCUGUCAAUGGAGGGAGAGAAAUCUUCCAGAUUUCAUCAAAAAGACCUUCAUUUGUGUUCAAACAUGAACAAAAGCCUUACAGGUUUGGUACGACAUGAGGGUGAGUAAUUAAUGACAGAAUUUUCAUUUUUGGGUGAACUAACCCUUUAAACGUAUUAUGCUUUCUUUCCCUCCUGUUCCUGGAAUGUGUACUGUCCGCAGUGUUUAACUUGUGUGUCUUCUGUUUGUACACUCAAAUUUAUUUUCUUUUUCACUCAUCUUGUAUCUCGUGCCGAAUGUUAUGACAUAAUGGCCAUAGCAACCACAGAAAGUCCAACCCACACUCUGAUUUGAUGUGCUGGAGAUAACUUUUAUUACUGCCUUUCAAUUGUAAAGCAGCAUGUUUCAGUGUCUUGAAACUUUGCAAUAACUCAGAGGACUGUGAAAGCUUCUCGGUAGACAAUUUUAAAAUCCGGCCAAAGCUGGUCACAAAGGUUUGACAGUAAAUAAGAGUAAAUAUGUUCAGUCACUCCACUCUAUUGUCUGAAGAUAGGAUUCUAGGAAGCUAAUAGACAUUCCCAGGUGAAAAAAAAAAAAAGUACAUUUCUAUAAUGUACUUAAAGUGCUCUAUUUUCGUGCACUAAUUUUGUACUUAAUAUACUAAAAAUUCUUCUUUAGCACUUCUUAAGAUAAUCUUAAGAACAUCUAAGUGUACUCAACAGUGCUAUUUUGAGACACCAUGAAAUAUGAACUAAAAUGUGCUUUUAAUAUACUAUUUCUGUAUUUAAAAAAUGUAUUUAGAUACUACUUGUAGUACAUUUGAACCCAUAGUGUACUACAAGUGGUAACUAAAUAUAUUUUUUAAAUACAGAGAUAGUAUAUUAAAAGCACAUUUUAGUUCAUAUUUCAUGGUGUCUCAAAAUAGCACAGCUACUUUUUUUUUUUUUUUUUUUUUCUCCACCUGGGUUACCGCAGUCUGUUAACAUUAUUCAUUAUGAUUUGGAAUUAGGGCUGCCAGAAGUUUGAUCAAGUAAGGAUGUCUUCAAAUGCAAAGAGUAGAUAUUUUGUAUUCCUGCUUUUUUGCCUGUCAGCUUGGAUUGAUUUACACUCUUUAUUUGUUGACCAUGUCUUAUAAUAGCAAGUACACUGUUGUUUCUAUGGUAACAGACUGUAGACAGACAAAAUGUAUUGCAUCAGACUCCAGACAGUGUCUGCAUUACCAGUAGUCCUUAAAUCCCUACAGUUAAGCCUCCAAUUUUGACAAGGGUGGAGAGGGAGAGAUAGAGUAGAAUAUUAGCUCUAGCCUGUAUGUUAGGGUGUUGGUAGCUAAAUUAACACAAACUUCUUUCUUAACAGUAACUGUUGUGUCUGUGUAAAUACUGUUGAUGAUGCAGAUAAGAUUUAGAAUGACUGGUGCUGAACAUUUAAAGUCAUAAAUCACCUGAUGUGCCCCAAAUUUAUUAAAUUAUGAGUUAUAUUGAAAAGUUCCUUAUCCGAAGAAGCUUUUAUCUGACCACAUCAAAUUUUGGCCGUUUUGUUUCCCUGACCAGUCUCAGAAGUAUGUGUGAAUUUACAUAUGCGACAGCAGGUGUUACUAAAAGUUGAUGGAACGGCCACGUGACCUUUGCCCUCAUUGAUUCUCAUAGAGCUGUGUGUUCUUGGAGUCGCUGUAGAUAGACUUUUGUACCUCAGGCUAUAUGUCAUAGCCUCACCAGACAGCCUUUAAGAUGUAUAUUCCUGUUUAAGAGAAAUUUAAAAAGGAGGAUAAGAAAAGACAAGGCAAUCUCUUUAAGAUGUCUGAAGCAUCUUUAAUUCUAAUGUAUAUUUUCAUUUUCUAUACCUGAAGUUUUAAACAUUAAAGCAUGAAAGGCAAUGCAUGAUUAGCACUAUUUAAACAACUAAUUAAAAAUGAUGCUCUAUAGAGAAAUAGCGAAUCGGCGACUGCAUACUUUUGUAUUGUUGUAUCAGGUUGGGCUAAAAUAAAGCUAUUGUGUAAAACUUCUUAAAAACGAGACUAAAGUCAAUAUUUCAUGAAUAUUUGAUUGGCAUAUUUUGCUUAAGUAUGAGGGUUGCUGGGCAACUUGCUUUUUUACAUAAUGUAUACUGGGUUUUUGUGCAUUGUAAAUUAAAAUUGAAUACAAAAUA